UUUUGCCCCUCCGAUAGAUAACCCAUUUCCCCGACGACCAUCAAUCACUACCCUACCACACACGAUCACGGACUGAAUAGGGAUUUAUCACACAGCAUCAUGGCGGACGCACAAAAGCAAAUGCAGGCGCUUACCGAGGAGUUUCAGGCCUUGCAGACGGAGCUUGACGGUCUCGUCGAAGCGCGCCAGAAACUCGAAUCCCAGCAACAGGAGAAUGUCGGCGUCCAGAAGGAAUUCAACUCCCUCGAUGACGAGUCGAACAUUUACAAGUUGAUCGGACCGGUCUUACUGAAGCAGGAGAAGAGUGAGGCCUUGAUGGCCGUAAAUGGACGUCUUGAGUUCAUUGAGAAGGAAAUCAAGCGCAUUGAGGGACAGAUCCAGGAGAACCAGGACAAGUCUGAUAAGAAGCGCAGUGAGAUCGUUCAGUUCCAGACUCAGAUGCAACAAGCGGCGGCGGCGGCUUCUGCUUGAUUGUAGACGGAUCGCUGUUAUCAGUACUAUAGGUGGAAGACAGUGGCUACCUUUAUCACGCGAGGAGAUAUAUAAUUGCUGGUGAUGGCGGAUGUGAAAGAGCAGCCAAGGUACCCGACCGGUCCUGGAAGGCGAUGAUGCACGUCGCCUUGGAGGUCGUGCGAGAAGAAGAAAAAGCACCGACGGCAGCGCAGAGCUACUUUGUGCAGUGGCCAAUCCUGGCCCAGCACUAUGAGGUUGAGAGGUUCUAGAUACCCUUGUUAAUGAUCGUUGCGGAUAUUCUCAGAAGACUAUACGGAUACGUAGUCGAUCGAUCAGGCUGUCUGUCGACCGAGGUGUGACACCUACCCUGUGUGGGUGCUGUGGUUGAUCGAGAUACGGUGUACCCCUCAAGGCACAAUUGGAAGUACGCUUGUAUCGGAGAUGGGAG